CUGCAGCCAUCAAUAUCACAUGAUAUAAAUAAACAUUUCAAUUGCAGAGGCAAGCACAAAAACCAACUAUUUCGAGAUACAGCAGCGAUACACUGGAAAGCAACGACCCUACUGAUAUGUUUAUAUGGUAUCGUGAAGGAAUUCCGACCAGCCACACCAUUCCUAACACCUUAUCUCGUAUCAUCGUUCAAGAAUUUCACCGACACUGAACUAUACAGUGAGAUAUAUCCAUUCUGGACGUAUUCCUACUUGAUUGCAUUGAUACCAAUAUUCUUUUUGACCGAUAUUCUGCGGUACAAGACGAUAAUCGUGUUGGAAGCGGCAUGUUUAUGUGCAACUUGGGCACUGCUUGUUUGGGGAACGAACAUUCGGCAGAUGCAACUGAUGCAAAUUGUUUUUGGUAUUGCAUCAGCAGCAGAAAUAGCUUAUUAUUCAUAUAUGUAUGCAGUGGUCGAUCAGAAGCACUACAAGAGAAUCACUUCUUAUAUUCGAUGUGCUGCACUAGUUGGGAAGUUCCUAGCUUUUGCACUUGCGCAACUGCUUAUCUCCUUUCGAUAUGGCUCUUAUCUACUGCUUAACCAGAUUUCAUUCGCAUCAGUUUGCAUAAUUCUUAUCAUCGCUGUUAUGUUGCCACCGGUAUCUUCUAAAGUUAUCGCGAAUAAAGUGCAAACGGCUGAUAAUAGAAAGAUGGAACGCAAUGACUUACAGAAAUCUGGAACUGAAGACAACGAUGAUCCAGUUGAAUGUGAAAAGAGUAGAGCGAAUGUACUGGCUGUCGAUAGUGAUAUUUUGGCUUACUUUGUGUCCAUUUGGAAUCAUUUCCAAAUAUUCAGAACGAACAAGGUUGUUCUGAAAUGGUCGUUGUGGUGGGCACUCACCAGUUGUGGUAUUUAUCAGGUGUAUAAUUAUGUGCAAACAUUAUGGGCAACAAUGCAGAAGGAUGGUGAAGACACCAAAAACGGUUUGACCGAAUGCGUGAACACAAUGAUAGGAGCGUUGAUAGCAUUUCUGGUGCAGUACAUGCACGUAAACUGGGUGAAGUGUGGAGAGGUGGCAUUGUUUGUAACAUCUUCGAUCGCAGCACUGCUCGUAUUCGCAUUAUCACAAACAACCGACAUUUGGAUCGCAUAUGUUCUUUACGUGACUCUUGCCGCUAUUUAUCACAUGCUGAUGACUGCGGCCAGCGAGUUAUGGAUUGGUAUUCGGAUGGAAUACGUUUCUGGCUCUUGUUCUGCAGACUCUUCUCACGAUCGCCGUUGCUGA